UCCACAAGUCCCUCCUACAGGAAACACACUGGCUGGACCAGCUUCAAGUUUCACCAGAGAGGAAGUGGCAACCAAAAAACCCUUCACGUCUCAAGAACUAACAGGCUGGUUACCAUCUCUUGCAGCUCUGUGCCAUGAGGUCCUCUUCCCUCCUCCUACUCUCCUUCCUCGUGGGUGUGUGUGAUAUUCAAGGGGCUUUAGGUUUUAGGAUCUGUGCCUUCAACCUCCAUCACUUCGGGGAUUCCAAGUCCAAGAAGAGCGAUGUCAUGCAAACUCUUACCAGGAUCAUUGCUCGCUGUGAUGUCUGUUUGCUUCAGGAAGUGAGGGACAGUAAGGAGAAAGCUUUACCACAGCUGCUUGACAGCCUCAACAGGUAUGACACUGACCAUGUGUAUGACGCUGUGGCCAGUGAGAGACUGGGCAGGUCUGAAUCAUACAAGGAGCAGUAUGUGUUUGUUUACAGGACCGGUGCAGUGACAGUCACUGGUGAGUAUCAGUACCCAGAUGAUCUGCCUGGAGAUGUUGAUGCUUUCUCUAGAGAGCCUUUUGUUGUCCGCUUCAAAGCCCCCAAGACAGUUAUAAAGGAGUUUGUUCUCAUACCUCAGCACACCACUCCAACCAACACCACGAAGGAGCUUGAUGCACUGUAUGACGUUUUGCAACGUGUGAGGAAAAUGUGGAAAACUGAGAACGUGAUGCUUCUGGGAGACUUCAACGCUGACUGCGGCUACCUUGCUAAGAAGAACAGGAAGCAUGUGCGCCUGAUUACAGAGAGGAACCUCUAUUGGCUCAUUCCAGAUAAGACUGACACCACUGUGCGAGCGGCCACCUCCUGCGCCUACGACAGGAUCGUUGUGCAUGGGGAAAGUUUUGACAGAGCAAUUGUGCCUUCUUCAGCCAAACCAUUCAACUUCCAAAUGGAAUACCAACUCACAGAGGAGCAGGCACUGGAGGUUAGUGACCAUUACCCGGUAGAGGUUCUGCUGAAGGACCUCCCAAAAGUCACCUCCAACGGUGCUUCUUCCUUGACAUUAACUGGAACACAGGAGACUGCAAAUCAGAAAACAACUCAAUCAAAGUUCUUGUCCUUGUUUGUUGCCAGCCACCUUGCCUUGCAAAUGUUAACACAGUAGUUUAAAAGUAUAUCCGGACAAUCUCAGGACAGCUUACUUCACAAACUGAUGAGAACUUCACAGUUCCCCAACUGGAGUCCAACUUGCCAAAUAUCACUGAUCUCCACAGGAAUGGCUCCUGAUGUGGGGUUCGGGAUUAGUAAAAGAAAAAAAAUGACAGAACUGUUGACCUUUACCAUUAAGUGUUGUAUCUAUAUUUAACAAUGUAUCUACCUGUGUGUCUGCGUGAGAUACCUCAGUAUGAUGGAUCAGUGCUUCAUAGCACUGCAGAGAUAAAUCCCUCCCACACAUUAGUUAUCUGUUCACGUAAUGCAGUUUAUUUGUUCCUUCAGUUUAGGAAAAUUUUACCCUUUUAUUAAUUUCCUGAGAUUGCAUUGAAGGUAGAGAGCAACAAGUAGGUGCUCCAGAAUGCUGAACUUUACUGUACUGAGAUAUGCUAUGUGCUAGGCUCUCUAUGUUUGUAAAAUGCUGUAAAUGCUGUAUAUAUGGUGAAAAUGACAAUAAAGACUGAUAUUGAUAUUGAUAUUGAAAAGACAACCACAUUUUAAAGAUGGUUAAAAGAUAAAAGCAACAUAUGUUAGCUAAUGUUAGCAAAAAAUUUGCAAAACACUUUGAUCUUUUAACAAUCUUCAAAAUGUGGUUUUCAAUAUAGACAAACCUAGCACAGGUUUUUAAGUAGCCUACAGGAUCCAAAAGGGGCGGGGCUUAGGAAGGGUCAAUUCAUCCAGUAUCUCAAGGGCACACAUGAUGAGAGAACAAAUUAAGUAGUUCAACAGUACAAAGCCACUGAAAUAAUGAUAUGGAGCACAUCAAUUACUAAUGUGACAGAACAAUGUAUCAAACAAUUUCUCUAUAGAACAGUGCUAAAAUAUAGAAAUUGUUACCACUAUUAUUAAAUGUUCAUACCAUGUAUAUAAGCUAUGCACUUUAUAAAUACUCUAUUGGUUUUGGAAUGCUUUAUAUGUUAAAUUUGUCAUAAACUCAAGUCAAGUCAUAAA